AUGUUCCUGCACCGAAACCAGGGCAAGGCGUUGGAGGUGAACAGGGUCACUCCGCCGGUCCCCAGAAGCCGCCCAGCACCAGCUAACAUUUUCUGGAAGAACGUGUCCACAGCCCGUUCCCAACAAACAUGGACAGUUUUCCCAUGCUUUAUUUUCUGUCGAGACAUCAUGAUUCCUGGUAAUCGAAUGCUGAUGGUCAUUUUAAUAUGCCAAGUCCUGCUGGGAGAGAGCAACCAUGCUAAUCUGAUACCCGAGGAAGGGAAGAAGAAGGUUCCGGGAGUCCGCGCUGGUGGGGACCCUCAAAGCCAUGCCCUGCUGCGGGACUUCGAGGCCACGCUCCUGCAGAUGUUCGGCCUCCACAGACGGCCCCGCCCCAGCCGAGCGCUCACCGUACCCCAAUACAUGCUGGACCUGUACAGGCUGCAGUCCGGAGAGGUGGAGGAGGACCAAGCCUUCCAGUACCCAGAGAGGUCCGCCAGCCGCGCCAACACCGUGAGGGGAUUCCACCAUGAGGAGCACAUGGAGCGAGUGGAAGGCGUCCAUGAGCAGCAGCAGCAGAAGCCCGCACCUCUCCGCUUCCUCUUCAACCUGAGCAGCAUCCCGGAGGACGAGCUCCUGACGUCGGCCGAGCUGCGCUUAUACCGCGAGCAGAUCCGGGACGCGCUGUCCGAGGAGCCGGGCCUCCACCGCAUCAACAUCCACGAGGUCGUCAAGCCCCCGCAGCCCGGCCGACCGCUCAUCACCCAGCUCCUCGACACACGCCUGGUGCGCCACAACUCGUCGCAGUGGGAGAGCUUCGACGUCAGCCCCGCGGUUCUGCGAUGGACCCGCGAUCGCCGACCCAACUUUGGGCUGGCCGUGGAGGUCGUGCACCUUAACCAGACCCCGCGCCACCAGGGGAAGCACGUCCGAGUCAGCCGCUCGCUCCACCAGGAACCCGGGGAGGACUGGGAGCAGCUGCGACCGCUCCUGGUGACUUUCGGGCACGACGGGAAGGGCCAGGCGCUGGUCAAGAGGUCGAAGCGAAGCCCGAAGCAGAGGGGCAGGAAGAGAAACCGCAACUGCCGACGACACGCGCUGUACGUGGACUUUAGCGACGUUGGGUGGAAUGACUGGAUAGUGGCGCCGCCCGGGUACCAGGCGUAUUACUGCCACGGGGAGUGUCCGUUCCCGCUGGCUGACCAUCUGAACUCCACCAACCACGCCAUAGUGCAGACGCUGGUCAAUUCGGUCAAUAACAACAUUCCCAAGGCGUGCUGCGUGCCGACAGAGCUGAGCGCCAUCUCAAUGCUUUACCUGGACGAGCACGACAAAGUGGUGCUUAAGAACUACCAGGAGAUGGUGGUGGAGGGAUGUGGCUGCCGCUAG